CCCUACCGCUCACGCACACGCACACGCACGCUCACACACACACACACACACACACACACACACACACACACACACCAUGUCAGUCUAUUCUUUUUCUUCCACAGUCUCUCCAUUAUUCUUCCUCCACUUAUUUUUUUUUAUCUGCUUUCAUUUAUCUCCCCCUCCCUCCUCUAUUUACCUUCUCCCACCUCCUCCUCCUCCUCCUCCUCCUCCACCCCCCCCUCAUCGAUAAGCGAAGUCCUCUACCAAUAUUGAAAGGAGCGGGUCUUGGGAUUUCCAGGUUUGCUCCAAUGAGUAAAGUCCACGUGCAGUCCGACUCGAUGCCGUCCAGUACAAGAGUGUCACAGUAUUGUUGUGGAAUUCUGGGACUAUUUCGAUGAUUAUUUAUAUUUCUUUUAUUUAUAUUUAUGCUUAUUUAUACUUUUGUUUACAUAUAUUCAUUUUUUUUAUAGUUUUCUUACUAAUUGAUUAAAGUUUAUUGGAAAGAAAGCUUCAGAUUAUUAUAUUUGUGAAUGGGAUGAACAUAUGUAGAACGUUGGUUACCUAAUGACGGUAUUUUGCAAGUCUAGCUUUGUAUGUACAGAUUAACUCAUUUUUUAUCAGUUUUGCAUUAAAAUUCCUUGUAAGAAUUCCCCUCCUCCUCCUCCUCCUCCUAUUCCUCCUUCUCAAUAUCAUCAUAUUUUUCCAUGCCGCCUCCUUUUCCUCCUACCUUUCUUUCUCCUCGAUAUUAUCAUUUCCUCCACUCCUACUCUUUUCCUCCUCCUCCUCAAACUCAUUUCCCCCUUUUCCUCCCGCCCUUUUUCUUUCACCUUCCUAUUCCUACUCAUCCCGUCUUCCUCAUCUCGUCUACGUUUGUCACGCAGGCGCCCCGUCCCUUCCCGCCCACUUCCCCGCUCCUCGCUGCCCGCCAGCAUCACUUCCCGUCAAGCCAGUGUCCUUGAGCCGACUACGCGCUGCCCCGAGAUAAGUGAGCUGGUUACGGAGUCGCGUUCUUGCACGCCAAGCAGCCUCAAAAAAAAAGAAAAAAAAAUCAGCAGCCAUGGAAGAGGAGGAGAUGGACGACUUGUCAGGGGCGUCGGGCAACUCCCUGGAGAUCACGCUGGUGUCGGUGCGUGUCGGGUGGCUCUACUUUAACCCCAUGUCCAGCCGCGGCCGAGUCAUCCAUCUGGUGCAGAUGCUGGUGCUCCCCUUCAUCCCUAUCGUGGCUCUCAUCACCCAGAACGGUAUUGCCAUGUCAAGUGCCAUGAAAAACCAAGGCAACGUCAACAGCAUCGCUUUGCAGGUGCAGGAUGCCGUGCAGGUCGGAGAGCUCCUGCGUGCCCUUCAACUAGAGAGGACCGAAGUGGGCUACUACAUCCUGUCCAACGCCUCCAGAACGCUCAGGAUGAACAUAACCAACGUCUACGACCGGACCAACUUCGUGAUCGAGAGUAUGCGGCAGUGGCCCAAGGUGUACCAAACCGGCCUGCCCGGAUCAAUGUUUUUCAAGUCCCGGGUUCGAUUCCAGAUCAGACUCCAGGACUUCAGGGACUCCAUCAACCCGCUGGAGACGCAGGUGACGAAGGUGGUGUCGUGGUACAACAACGCCAACAGACUCCUGCUGAAGGCGCUCUCGAACACCAUCAAUCAGGCGGACGCGUCUCUGCUCUGGAGAACUCUACUCUCGUACCAGAAUAUCAUGAAGAGCGAGGAACAGUUUGGCAUCAGCUUGGUAUACGGCGCGGCCUUCUUCCUCAAGGGCAAGCUGGACCAGUCAAGCUACCUGAACUGGGUGGAGUCAAACUCGCUGGCGUGGCAUUGGCUCAACCAGACCCGCUCCCUCUCCGCGCUGGCCCGACACCUCCUCUACGAGAAAAAGAUUGUCACCAUCGGGGAAUCGGAAGUCAGAUACAGGGACGAGAUCAUCGGCAACAAGCAGCGCAAGGGCUCAAUCGAUAUGGCCGACAAGUACAUGCAGGAGAUGGCCGACUUCAUAGACUCGAUCCGGGAGGUGGAGGCGUACUUGGUGAGGGACAUCAGGAAUACCAUCGAGGAGGAGAUGUCGGUGGCCGCAAAUCAGUACAGCCUGGCCAUAACAGUGCUGAUUCUGGUGUUGAUCAUCUCGCCCAUCAUCAUCCUGCUGGUCCGCCGCGCUACCAAUCUUAUCCACGUGUACGCCCACGACCUGAUCGCGAAAUCCAAGGAGGUGAAGAAGGAGAAGCGGAAGAGCGACAACCUCCUGUACCAGCUGCUGCCUCGCUCCGUGGCCCACUACCUCAAGCAGUCCAAGCAGGUUCCGGCCGAGUACUUCGAGUCGGUCACCAUCUACCUGAGUGACAUCGUUGGCUUCACGCGCAUAUCCUCGGAAUGCAGCCCGCUCCAGGUCGUCAUGCUCCUGAAUUCCCUAUACAAACAAUUUGACUCCUGCAUCGAGAAGUUUGACGUCUACAAGAUGGAAACGAUUGGAGACGCUUACAUGGUGGUCUCUGGGCUGCCGAAGAGGAAUGGGGAACGUCAUGCCACCGAAAUCGCGGAGAUGUCGAUGCAGCUUCUCGACAUGGUGUCCAAGUUCGAGCUGAUACAUAAGAAGGGCGAGAGGCUGCAGGUCAGGGUUGGUCUGCACUCCGGAACCUGCGUCACCGGCGUGGUGGGCACCAAGAUGCCUCGCUACUGCAUGUUCGGCAAGACCAUCACCACGGCGCACUUCAUGGAGAGCAGUGGACAGUCCAUGAAGAUACACGUGAGCGAGACAACCCACAAGAUCUUGGCUCCGACGGGGCGCUACGAGCUGGAGUUCCACCGACGCCUCCAGGUGACCAGCAAGUACCGCGUGACCACUGGGCAGGAGGUGGAGAUGGACACGUACUGGCUGCUGGGGCGCGACGACUCACAGGCGAACGCGAUGGUCACCAAGCCGGAGGAAGAUGCGCCGGCCUUCCUAGAGUACUUUGAUCAAACUACACCCGCCCAGCCUCAACAGCGAGCCUCCACCACCACUAGGUUCUGAGGCACCACUUUACGACUACGGCCUAACACACCUACACGUGGGUCGUAUUAGAAGACAUUUCACCGCCCAAGAACACAUAUUUGACAAGGCUUUCGUAGGAGUUGUGGGUAUUUAUAGGAGUAGUUUUAUAACCCUGGUGGUAGUGUAAGUCUUCUUCUGUACCACGAACCUGAAGAAACACUCAUUAGAACCCGACUAACCCCCUCUUUGAUCUUUAGAAAUAGCUGAUGUGAGAAGCAAAAAUGUCUUAUAAUAUCAACCACCUUAGCAUCGUCAUCCCUCAUGUUUAAAGUCUGUCGUUCCUCAUUGCCACCGACAUGCGAAAGAAAAUGUAUCAUAGCUUAUGCCUAACUUAGUCAUGAAUACCACCCAAUCACUGCAACAGACUUUCGAUGUUUAUUAUGACAUAUUUUUGUAUUAGUUUAUCCUCUUGACACUCGCCUUAUCGAACAGUGUUUUUGUAAUAGAAUAAACCUUGCAACUGUGAGAACGUGUGUGUGCAUGUGUGUCUGAAAAAGAGAGAGAGAGAGAGAGAGAGAGAGAGACCUGAUAAGACAGUACAACUAUACCUCAGGACACGUCAGUUACAAAACGUGUGUCGCUAUUUCAGGUCUUUUCCUAUAGUUGACAAGACAACGGCUCCCUACAUCUUAACCGCUUAAUCUAGUAUCUAAAUUAUCUUGUGGACGCCGUCAUUAGGUAUAGUCAAGAAUGGUGUUGUAAUUUAGUUAAUUUUAAUAUCUGAACGGCUACCUUGCCCAUAGUAUAAGACGAUCUCACCACUAUGAUCUAUACAAUGUCACCACCUCAUAGCUAAUAAGGUUUAGAUAUAAAAGUUUACUUCACCUCAUGGCUCGGAAUGUUCAGAUCUAGAAUUGUAGCUUCGAAUUAAGGAAGAAAUCUUGUAAUUCUAAUCGACCGUUUACAUUUAUACUUCAUAGCUCAUAGUUUACAUUGCUUACCUCUUAGUUUACAUAGUUCAUCUCAUAGUUUACAUAGCUUACCUCUUAGUUUACAUAGUUCACCUCAUAGUUUACAGUUACAUAGUUUUUCAUCUCACAGUUUGCCUGAUAGUUCACAUAGUUUACCUAAUAGUUUACACACAUUUAGAUUACCUCAGAGUUUACACCUCAUAGCUAGGAAGGUUUAGGUUUACAAUUUCACCUCCGUAUCGAGUAAGGAAUCUUUUAAUUAUAACCUCUACCGUUUACAUUGUGUGAAUCUAACUUUUCGGCUGCAGCGAGUCUUUACAAAGCGAAGAAUCAUGCUUUGAAAUAUGUAAAUGAUCAAUGAAUAUGUAUCUAACAC